GGAAAAACUCGAAUAAAAGACGACGCCGUAUGAGCGCGUCUCUUCUCUUCUACUUUGCAGCCUGUCUUUCUUGAAUUCUUUCUAUCGCAUUCCAUCAAGUCCUUCGCUUUCCUCUCUCUUCCCCAAAGCAUCGGAGCCACAGGGAGAGAGAUUUAAAGAGAGAAACAAGGUCUGAAAGCCAGGUCAGUGCAUUCUUCUAGAGAGAGAGAGAGAGAGAGAGAGAGAGACCGCGAUCUGAGCGGCGAAGCAGUUUGGGUAUAGUAGUAGAGAAAUGGGGACGCUUCAGACGUGGAGAAAAGCCUACGGGGCUCUCAAAGACACCACCAAAGUCGGCCUUGCCCACGUCAACAGCGAUUACGCGGAUUUGGAUGUUGCUAUAGUCAAAGCCACUAACCACGUCGAGUGCCCGCCCAAGGAGAGACAUCUCAGAAAAAUCCUGAUUGCCACAUCGGCAAUUAGGCCACGAGCGGAUGUUGCUUAUUGCAUUCAUGCUCUUUCAAGAAGAUUAAACAAGACCCAUAAUUGGACGGUGGCUUUAAAAACAUUGAUAGUUAUCCAUAGGACUUUGCGGGAGGGUGAUCCUACUUUCAGAGAAGAACUUCUAAAUUUCUCUCAGAGAGGACGAAUUCUCCAGCUUUCUAAUUUCAAAGACGAUUCCAGUCCUAUUGCUUGGGAUUGCUCUGCCUGGGUGCGUACUUAUGCAUUGUUUUUGGAGGAACGACUUGAAUGCUUUAGGGUUCUGAAGUAUGACAUUGAAGCUGAACGUCUUCCAAGGCCUGCCCAGGGGCAGGAGAAGGGUUACAGUAGAACCCGAGAAUUGGAUAGUGAGGAACUCUUGGAGCAGUUGCCUGCUCUACAACAGCUGCUGUAUCGCCUUAUUGGUUGCCGGCCAGAAGGAGCAGCUGUCGUCAAUUACGUUAUACAGUAUGCGCUGGCCCUGGUACUGAAAGAGAGCUUUAAAAUUUAUUGUGCUGUCAAUGAUGGAAUUAUAAAUCUUGUUGAUAAGUUUUUUGAGAUGCCAAGACAUGAAGCAGUUAAAGCCCUUGAUGUUUAUAAACGAGCUGGUCAGCAGGCUGCAGGUCUCUCUGAUUUUUAUGAAGUUUGCAAAGGAUUGGAACUUGCUAGGAAUUUCCAGUUUCCCGUUUUGAGAGAGCCUCCGCAAUCCUUCCUCACAACAAUGGAAGAGUAUAUAAGAGAGGCACCACGGGCUGUUACAGUUCCACAUGAGCCAUUGCUUCAGUUGACAUAUAGACCAGAAGAGCCUUCUGAAGACACAAAGUUAUCUAGUGAUGAAUCUGAGCCAGCACCUCUAGACAUUGUACCUGUGUCAAAUGUUGAGACUGCAACUCCUUCCCCACCGCCGCCACCUCCUCCUCAAAGUAGCCAGGACACAGGAGAUUUACUGGGUUUGGAUUAUACUGCAUCUGAUGUAUCUGUGAUGGAGGAAAGAAAUGCUUUGGCUUUAGCCAUAGUUUCAUCUGAAACUGAUGCAGCUCCAACAUUCAAUUCUAGUGCUGUGCAGCCAAAAGAUUUUGAUCCUACUGGAUGGGAACUUGCCCUGGUUACCACUCCAAGUAACAACAUUUCAUCAGUUAACGAGAGGCAAUUGGCUGGUGGGUUAGACUCACUUACUCUGAACAGCUUAUACGAUGAAGGAGCAUAUAGGGCUGCUCAGCAACCUGUUUAUGGAGCACCGGCCCCGAAUCCGUUUGAGGUCCAAGACCCAUUUGCCUUGUCAAACAAUGUUGCUCCCCCACCUGGAGUUCAAAUGGCUGCAAUGGCUCAACAACAGUCCAACCCCUUUGGUUCUUUCCAACCAACCUACCAGCCGCAGCAGCAGAAUGUGAUGAUGGGGCCAACAAAUCCUUUUGGUGAUACCGGGUUUGGGGCAUUUCCUACACAUCCUCCUGCUCCUCACCCACAAACUAGCAACCCAUUUGGAAGCACAGGCCUGCUGUGAUUGACACAUGCGCUUUGAUGAUUUAUAUAUAUAAGAAGAAAAGAAAGUGUUAAUCCACGCGAUGAAGUUGGUUGGUUUUGGUGUAUUUUGGUGAGUAUAGCAAAGUGGGUUCGGGGUUUUGGUAUUGUUCGGAAUGAACAUAAGUUUGGUGUAAAAGUUGGCGAGUGAAUAGCGAAGAAUGUAAUAAUUAGUUGAUACGUUUUAGAAAUUCUUGUAAUUUUGUUUUAUCAAAAGAAAAGGUUAUGUAAUUUUUGACA